CAUAGAAACCCUUGCGUGAAUUGAUCGCACGCGUCUGUCGCUCGUUCACGCUCCGGCCGAUCUCCUCGCUUCCCUUCCUCCUCGCGAUCGUCCUCCCCUGCCUUGUACGAUAUCGGGAUCAAUCCGAUCGCAACAAGAAGGAGACGAAGAAGGGAUUGGAGAUGGGAGGUGGCAAUGGCCAGAAGUCGAAGAUAGCGCGCGAGAGGAACAUGGAGAAGAACAAAGCGGCCAAGGGAAGCCAGCUGGAAUCGAACAAGAAGGCUAUGACCAUCCAGUGCAAGGUAUGCAUGCAAACCUUUAUGUGUACGACAUCAGAAGUCAAAUGCAGAGAACAUGCCGAAGCAAAGCAUCCAAAGUCUGAUGUGUCUCAGUGCUUCCCCCAUCUUAAGAAGUAGUGACAAGCUAGAAGGAAGAUUAUAGUCAAAUUAGGCAUGGACUAAAAUACUGAUUGAAUGGUGAUGUGAAGGGUGCGGGCUUUGGCUUUGAAUUGGACUGCUUUUAUAUGCCUCGAGUCUUCUUAUUGAAACCAUAUCUGUUGUAUUCUCAACUAUCUACAAUAGUCAGCAGACUUUGUGGGGGAUUAAGAUCUUGUUAUUGCUGCUAGCGACCA